AUGGCGUCCAGUUUCCACCUAGUGUUUAGAACAGGCGCUGCCAGUCUAGUUCAUUUUAGGUCUGUGGUGCAGCCUUCAUUCAUUGUUUCUCCAUUCAUUGUUUUUAUAGCACAUUAAUUGAACCAAAGCUGAAAUAGAAAGAGUAAAGUACGCUACAAUAAAAUAAGUAUAUAUGUCGCAAGUUGUAUUAAGUCAAGUAGACUACAAUAAAAAAUAAAAUGUAGAUGUCUCAAUAAGUAUUCCAAACUGAGUUUUAAAUUCACACAAAAAACUAGACCAAGAGCAAUUAAGCUUAGCCUACUUGCUAAUGACAGCCAUUCAGAGGCACAUGAAAUGGCUGGGCUAUUAAAGCCAUUGUGUGUGCAUUCUGGCUUUUGGAAACUGGUUCAACCAGUUUUUGUUUUUGUAACUGACAAAGCUGCUACAGCAACACUUUGCAAAUUCAAUAGAUUGCCAUAUAACUCAUGAGUUAACGUACACAACGGCAUAUUAUUGUAGCAGUGGACUGAAAUUAUUAAUCUACAAAAUAUGCGGUAUGCCUUUAAGACUGCCUCGCGUGUGUGUGAUGUCACGUCCUGUAAUAGCUAUGGUUAGAGAGCUCAUUGGAAAUGAGAGGACAACUGGAUGUUUACGUUUUUGCAGAGGUUUUUUUUCCCCCUGUACACUAAACGAAAAGUCUAAUGGCACAGCAAUUCAGCAUGCAUCUAUUUGAAAACGUUUCACCUUACGCCUACAGCAAGAUCAACUGAAGGUUGCCUGACGUGGUGGGGGUGUGGCUGUGAAGACAUGGAUAAUUGGGUUGAUCGCAAUGAACAGAAUUAAUUCCUGCUAUCUUCGGACGCAGAGAGCACCUUUUGCUUCAACAGCUUCUACUUUGACAACAAAGCUUUGGAUUCUACUUGACUACACGACUGGGAUUCACUCUUGAAAAGGUACACAUUGUUUGCAUGGUAUUGCAUUGCAGCCAAUGAGUUCAAAGAGGUUGGCCAGACAGAUCUACACAAAGGAAUGGAAGAGGGCACGGCGAGAGGUGUUGAAUGUGCGAGCACUGGUGCGUGCCCAGCUGGAUGCAGGAGAUGCAGCAAACAGGGCAGAGGAGUCUGCAUGAGAUGCAGCAAGCAGGGAAGAGCAGGCUGCGCGAGAUGCAGCAAGGACAGGCCAGGCUCUGCAAGAAGCAGAGCAACAACAUAAUGGACCUCAACACAUGCCAGAGAUACAACCGGCGAAGAUUGAAGAACAGCCUGAGUUCAUGGCAGAGCCAACAAGUUCGUUCAGCAGCUCAGAGCAGGACAGCAGCAGUCCCUCAACCCAUGUCAGUCCAGCACCCAGCCGUCGGACAUUGGAAGAGUCAUACAUUGAGGAACAAACAUCAUCCAACCCAGUUGAGGGAAUGACCCAUGGCGAAGAGGAGGGGGCUUCAGGCAUGGCUGCCAUAAUAAGGCUCCUGGAGGAACGAAAGAGGCUCCUAUUGAGGACGACGGAUGACACAAAAAGAACCAUGGAAGAGCACAUGGGGCGAAUGACUAGGAGAAUGGAGGCUAUGGAGAGGAGGAUGGAGGCUAUGGAAAGGAGGAUGGAGGGUAUGGAGAGGAAGUCAGAGACAUUGGAGGCUGCUGUGGUCUCGAACCCGCCUCAGCCUCCUCUGCAGGAAGAUGUGCUGUUGGGCCUAUGCAGCACAGUGGAGGAGCUAGACAGGAGUCUGGCUCAACCAGAAAGAAGGAACCAAAUGAAACGUUUCCUUGAAAGCCUGGGAGGGGCGAAUCUGGGGGCAGCCAUUCGUCGCAUUCUACGCCAGGUGGCUACCAAUGUCCUGGCGCAGUACAGCCUGAGGGGGAGGAGAGCAAAAAAGCCUUUCUAGAACUUAACCCUUUGCAAAAUUAUAACGGAGGCCUGCAUGCAGAACUUCCCUGGCAAGAAGGUAGCUGAUAUUGAGGAGUGCAUUGGGCAUGCACUGAAGUUUGCACCACACAGACGGUCAGCUGGUCCUCAAGAUUGAAGACGUACACCAACUUCUAUGCACAUGCACCCGUUUUUGGCAUUUCUAAAAUUUUUCUUAUUUUUUGCCUUUAUUGUAUUUUAUUAAGAAAUAGUUUUCAUAAUUGUCUAUAGUUGUCAGAUGUUUUAUAAUGUAUAAUAAUGUUGCACUGUGUUGCUGAUGUCCUUACCAA